GUGUGUGACGUAGUCUGUCGUAGAGAGGGACAUCACGACCGCCCUGCAAGCCAUAUACAAAAUCACAGGGACAAAGCUUCGUACGGUGGAAGUGCAGCGAAAUUGGAAUCGGAAAAGGCUAUUGCCGGGUGAGCAGUUUUAUAGUCCGUCCGCAACAGCCAACCACUGGAAAUUAUUAGUGCUGAAUGAAGAUGAAUAUAAGAACAUUUAAGUACCGCUACUGUUGGCCCUUGUUCUGCACUGUGGCUUGCCUCUUCUGCUUUGUCAUCCUCAAGAAGGACCACCACCGGGUCGUCACACCGGACUCUCCAGCUUCCCCCUUUCAAAGCCUCCCCUUUGUGUUGUCAAGCAGACCUCCCAUUGACAAUCCCUCACUUACAGUCCCAGGCCCCUUCCAGGAGAACUUUACGUGCUCAGUCAAUGACAGUACGGUAAUCAUUCCUUCACACCUUCCCCAGUUACACCAGGAAUUCCUACGCUACAGACAUUGCCGGGCAUUUCCAGCCCUACUGAGCCCUUCUCCUUGCGAGGAUGACCUCUAUCUCCUCUUGGCCAUCAAGUCCACAGCUACACAAGUAGAGCGUCGUGCUGCACUGCGGGACACCUGGGGUCACGCCGGUCGCAUCCAGGGUCGACGGGUGAAGCUCGUCUUCCUGAUGGGCCGCUCACAUGACAAGGUGGAGAGCUACAAGCUGCAGCCACUGCUGGAGUGGGAGAGCCGUCGCUACGCGGACAUCAUGCAGUGGGAUUUUGCGGACUCCUUCUUCAACCUGACCCUGAAGGAGGUCCGAUUCCUCAGCUGGUUCUCGGGCUCAUGCAGCAGCGCACAGUUUGUGUUCAAGGGCGACGAUGACGUGUUUGUGCACACAGAGAACCUGCUUGAGUUCCUGAAAGCCUACAAACCUGAGAAUCACCUGUUCACUGGAGACGUCCUCCCUCACUCCUUCCCCAUCCGACAUAGUGAUUCAAAGUACUUUAUCCCUGUUGAAAUGUACCCCAAUGAUAAGCCCUAUCCGCCCUACGUGGGUGGCGGUGGGUACCUGAUGUCAAGGCGGACGGUGCUGGGUCUGAAUGUAGCAGCCCAGAAUAUAGAGCUGUUUCCCAUUGAUGACGUGUUUGUUGGCAUGUGUUUGCAGCAAAUGGACAUUGUUCCCACACACCACAGGGGUAUUCUGACAUUUGGCUUCAAAAAUGGCCUAAACCACUUUGACCCCUGUUUUUUUCGUGACAUCCUGCUGGUGCACAAGCUGAACCCUACUCAAAUGUGGGUCAUGUGGGCCCUCAUGCUGGACAGCAACCUGCCCUGUGGAAGGAGCAGGAAAACACUGUGAGGCAGGCCCACCACCCCCUGCCCUAUACGGCCAGCAUCAACUGUAAUCUGUGAAUAUGUUUGCAGAUUUUUCCACAGCGUUGACAAAAACGAUUUCCUUCAAAUUGUUUUUGUCACCUAUAGACUCAUCAUAUGUAAUCUGCCUAAUCUAUAGCCCAGUAUAUUUAUUUCUAUUUUUCUUACAUUUCUUAUAGCCCAGUAUAUUUAUUUCUAUUUUUCUUAUAUUUCCUAUUAGACUUAAUAUCUAACGUUACAGGUCUAAGUGACCCCAAACUUUUGACCGUGUGUGUGCGUGUGUGUGCGUGCGUGGUGGAGGUGCAUGGUGGAGUUGCCGAAUGUAGAAAGAGAAUCUGAUACGUUUUGGGUAAAAGAUACCGGGAGAACUUGUUGAACCUGUUGGGUAAAACAGGGUGAACUUGUAAAAUCAUCAGGAUCUGAAGUAGAUU